UUUAAUUGUGGGCUUUACGAUUUCCAUAAUUGUGGGCGAUGCGGCCAGCUAUAUAAGUCGGCCCUCGAUUAACUUGCUCCCAACAGUUCUCGAUCAGCACUUGCCAGCUACAGUUUUCUCUCCAAGAUGAUCAUCAAGAUCUUGUUAAUUAGCCAGUUGCUGGCCCUCAGUUACGCGGGAUUGUCGUUGGAGGAGGCCAAAAAGCAAAUUGAUGCUUCGGUUUAUAGCGAUGAGGAAACAGGCGACGAUGUCCACCAGCCAGAGCCACACCAUCCGCCGCAGCAUCAUCCGCACAAGAAGACCACCACUCCCGAACCGGAAACAACUACAAUUCCGCCGGAGGUUGAGCAAAGCAGCGAGGCUAGUCUUGUCCCGAGUGAUGGCCUAAACCAGUUAGACGAUGGACUGGUUCAGGCCAAUGAUGGAGCAGCAGUGCCAAUCUCUACAACUCCUGAGCCGGAGACUACUACUACUACCACGACUACUACUACGACCACGACAACGCCAAAGCCACACAAAUAUGAGCCGCAUCCGCACCCAUACCCACACCCCCAUCCUUAUCCACAUGUUCACCAAUUUCCUUCGCCUCCGUAUUUCCCUUCAGGAUCUUAUCCCGGACUAACUUUCACCCCGUCGGGUCCAAAACCUGGCCCUGGUGCUGAAAGCCCCAAAGAAAGGGAGAACGAGUCACCCGAACUGAGUGGAUAUUCCCCCUAUCCUGGCUUCAGACCAAGGCCAUUCCCCUUCCAGCCUCCAGUUCUGCAUCACUCUCCCAAUUGGCCGAGUAUCCAUGGAUAUGGCCCGGGACCCAGUUUUGGUCAUCACCAUGAGGAAGAUUCCGGUGAGGAGGCCGAGGAUAAGAGCAAAGGAAAGGAUAAGUCCGGAGAUGCAGGAGAUGCCGAAGAGGAUGUGCCCCUAAAGCCUCCAGGCUUUGGUUACCCACCAGUUUUCCUGGUUCCCCACCGCCCUGUGAUCAGAGUACCCAGCUUUCCCCCACCAAGCGGUGGCUAUGGAUCACCCUACGGCUAUGGGCGUUACUAAUACUUAAUACGGAAUACUAAUCAAAACAACUUAGAUAGAAUCUCACUUCUGUAUUUAAGAAUGCUUUAUUAACAUAUACUAUACAAAUUCUAAAUGUGAUUAAACUUUAUAGAAACAAAAAAAUAAAAUUUGUUGAUGUUUUUUAAAA